AUGAAACCCCAGUUUAGGCCGGUUCCGGAUUUCGGCAACUCGGCAACUCGGUGGUUCUCAGUCGGGCAAUGCUACGAGCGGCACUGCUCUCAUCUUCGAUUUCCUCAUCUCCGCUCUUCAACGACCCGAUUCCAAGGAGGCCAGACAACCGUUGCUACAACAAUGAUCAAGAGCGGUGCGAUACAAGCAACUCGAUGGAGAGAAGCAGGGCGCAACGAAUUGUCGACUACCAAAUUCACCACCGUCAAUCCCAAAGAAAAAGAACACUAA